UAUGUGCUCUGCGAUUCUUUCUCAAUUCACAAUAUUAUUUAUAAUUUUAACUAAAUUAUUGUAUACCUCUACACUCUAUAUUAUCGUGUUUAACUUUACUCAUGUCCUCUUCGCUUGUUAAUGUGGUAUAAAAUUAUAUUAAGUAAUAAUUAGCGAUAUAUACUACACUUAUGUUAAGGUAAAUACACAAGACCACCGAUUUCAAACUUGAAUGAAGUAAUUUAUUAAGUAUAUAGAUUUCAGAAAACAUGGUGUCCUUUGAAAGUAUGGAUUGAAGAAUAAAAUAGUCAUUGAUAUAAGACAUUUUUUUUUAUAAAAGUAUGCCUGUAGCCUGCUUCAGUCAAUAUGUGUACAUUGUAUCCUGAGUCAAAUGAUAAACUCUCAUGCUAGUGAGCAAGUUUAUGUGAAUAGUGAAAUUUGUGUCUGACUCACAUAAUUUUACUCAAUAUAUGUUUUGACAUCAAAACCGAAAUCAAAGAUAUAAAUUUACAGGGUUUACGCCAAAAAGAGCGGGCUAUGACUUAGGCCGUGCAAUUAAAAUGGAAGUGGUGUACGAAGAUCAUUAUGAACAAAGAGAAAAUCUGCCAGGAAGCAGUGCUGACAGUGACACUUCUAGCAGUAUAUUUGAAAGCAACGAUAGUGAAGAUUUCGAGAAAUCCUCCAAUGAUGGGGACUUAAAAGAGGAUCUUCAGAAAACGAUUCCAGAAUGCUAUCAGUCAGAUUCAAAUUUUUCAUCACACACUUCUAGUGACUUUAACGACGAUGAGUUUCAAGCUACAGCUCUUUGUCAAUUCAUGGACAUUUUGAAUGACCUAGAUGAAGUAUUAGACAAGUCGCUUUUGGCGUGUCUCGACGAUGGUGCACGAAGCUUGGAUAGUGAUGAAGAAGAUCUAAUAUGUAAAAUUAAAGAAGUAAUUGGUGAGAGAGUUGACAUAAAUGAUCCUUCUCAAGGGCCUAGUUCUAUUGACGACAAUACUCAAGUAGUUGUAGCUAGUGUAGAGGGAGUUAAUGAAAGAGCGAAUCUCAGUUAUUUAGGCCGUUCCAAAAGUUUUUCAGAUUUAUCUAACAGUCAUAGAGAGGUUUUGGUUUCUUCACUAGAACAUGCUGGUACCAAUGAUAGUAUACGAAAUUCAAUGAGAAGGUUGGAUCCAAUUGUUUUACCGGCCAUAACGAACCAAGAACCCUGUGAACCUUUAACAUUACCAGUUAUACUUUUUUUGGAGCAUCAUGUUAAUAUGAGACCGACUAGUGCUCCUAUACAAUUGCAGUUAACUGCCGCGAAUUUAAGUAGUGAUGGCAGUUCUGGCCCUCUGAUAGUAGGUCGUCGUACAUUACUUAUGAACCGAACUUUAUCGCUACCAUCUCCGGGGGAGAGUGACGUGACAACAGGUGACUGGACUGGACGUAACACUGUACGAAGUACUGCCAGAAGCACUAGUGCGUCUAGUUCUUCUAGUGAAUCAAUGGGAGCUGAAGAACCGCCUAUUCCAACUACUGGAACCACUGAGGAGAGAAAUGACGAGACUGAAGAACCUCCUUUUGGAGUAUGGCCUCAUCGAUUGAGUGCUAUGUUGGCGUGCCUAAGUUGUACUGUAGGAAUAUUUAAUAUAUCUAGGUUUGCUAUGUUCAGCGUCCAUUUUGGAGCCUGCUUCAUAAUACAGUUCUUAAUCCUUUCACUUUUGGUUGGAAUACCAUUAUUUACAUUAUACCUAAGUAUAGGCCAAGUGCUGGGUUCGGGGCCAGUGGACAUGUGGAGGAUAUCGCCAAUAUUUCAAGGAGUUGGUAUCUCGUUGCUCGUUAUUCAAGCUGUAAUCGGAAUGUAUAGUAUAAUUGGCUUGUCAUGGUUGUUCGUUUACUUCAGAGAUUCAUUUAUAACAUCCGAAGACAAAUACAAAUGGGCGCUGCCUCAUGAAUACAAUUUUGAUGAUGGUAACUUUAAAAAUACAUCGUUUAAAAUACAGGAAACAUUGCCUCAGUAUUUCCAUGGAGAAGUAUUACAAAGAAAUUUGGGCGUCACUAAUAUAUACUAUGGAACUAUAAAGUUCCAAAUUGCAUUUAACUUGGCCGUUGUUUGGAUGAUAGUUUUUGUUUCGCUCAGCAAAGGACUCCGAUCUUAUGGCAAGGCUGUGUAUAUGCUGAUAUUCCUGCCUAUUUGCGGCACACUGGUGUUGUGUACAAAACUACUCACGCUUAUACCCUACGAUUCCGUCACCAAUAUAUUUUUGGAAACUGAAUGGAGUGAAUUUUUCAUCAACAGUAAUAGUUGGGCUGCGGCAGCUCAAGAGAUAUUCUUCACUUGGGGUCUUUUAGGACCAUGUAUAAUGCAAUUAACAUCACACAAAAAUUCAAAGAAGAAAACCAAUGUCACACUGCAGAAGGAAAGUGCCUGUAUAAUAGCAUUCACAUUUGCUGUUCUAUUGUUGGGAUCUUUUUUGGCCAAUGUUUGUGUUCAGAUUUUAAGGAAUUACGGAUAUAUUUACGUGCCAGGUAGUUUUGAGACACUAAAAUCAUUCCAAUUUCUAUGGCCCAUGUCGGAACCAAUGCCAGGGAACACAGUGUCUACGCCCACACGUUAUAUGGGCCACUAUGGUAGUAUAGUUGGAGUGACCGUUUGGCGGACGGGUAACGCCGCGAAAUCUUAUAGUGGUUGGCAACCUUUGCAGCUGGCAACACAAAUCGUACCAGCAACACUUGCAGUUUUGCCAGCCAAUAUCCUAUCCCCAGCUUGGGCGGUGAUAUUCUACUUCAUCUUGAUAAUGUUCGGCAUAGCUCAGCAGCUUGCUAUAUGGCACUGCGUCAUCACGGGCAUUAUGGCUAUCAACCCGGAAGGGCUUCGGGUCUGGGAGACCACUAUCACAUUUUUGAGUUGCGUUUUUGGACUGGCCGUCGGCUACCUGCUCAGUACAGAUGCGGGCGUGGUGGUGGUGCACUUCGUGGACGUGGUGUGGGCGGGCGCGUGGUGGCAGUGCGCCGCGCAGGCCGCGCUGGCGGUGGCGCUGUUCGCGGUGCGCGGGCGGCCCUACUCGCCGGACACGCUCGCACGGGCGUUGUUCCUCGAGCGACGCAAGCUGUCGGCCGCGUUGGCCGCGCUGCUCAGCUUCGCCUGGACUGUCGUCUUGCCCGUAGUACUAUGUGCCAUUUGCGUCAUGGACUUUCGUAUUGGACAGCAGCGGCAAUUUUACUCUUGGAGGAAACAUGGAGGAUACUGGCCGGUAUGGACCCGCCAAUUAGCAGUGUGUAUGCAGCAAGGUACCCUGCUAAUCAUACCCAUUACGGCUUUCAUACAAACCUGGCGGUACAUGAGUAAAGGCCCACCCGAUAUAUUUGAUGAAUAUGGAACUAGCGAUUGUACUGAAGAGUUGCGUAUACAAAAUCUGUACCGGCCACGGAUGGGCUUAGAGAGCGAGCAGCCGCCGCCUCGGUCGUUGCCCCGAGCGUUCCCCCCCGGGCCCGCAACCCCUGCGAGCCCCACGCCGCCCCCGGAUCCCCCCCCGAAAUACACGCCGCCACCCUCGUAUUCCACCGCCACUGGCGCACGUCUCCUCACCACCAUACGGCGUAGCUUCAGACGAUUGCGCAGGAUAACGUCAAGCCAUUUAGAACAACCGCAACAAGACGAAACAUCACAAAUACCAAUCACACUAAGCGAGACGGUCGACCGGGACCGAAUUGAAAUCGAAGCUCAACCACCACAUUAUAGCGGCGUCUUCGCGACACCUUCCAUUACAAUAACAGACGAAACAGACUCAAGAAUCAGUAGACCGAGAUCAUCGACAUCGCGUAAUUCUCUCUCACUCACACGCGACUACCUCAGGAGAUCUUUCGUCAGAAAAAGUGAUUCUGCAAAGAGCAUUCGCUCUAGUUUGCGCAGGAGUUUCAAAUAUGGCGUCGCCAUUACGAACAGCCAUGAACAGUUGGUGCGUGAAGCGGAGCCCAUAUCCAAUACUGUUGCUAUGUCGGACAUGUUGGAUACCGAGGGCGCAUCUCAUACGCGUAGCCUUGCCUCUGUGAUAUGAUUUUUAAACCGCCUUUGAGGCAUCACAAUCUAUUAAAGCAGGGGUGAGCAACCUUUUGUAUUAGCGGGCCAAUUUAAAUUUUAAAAUUGUUUGGCGAAUCGUACAUAAAGCAAUAGCUAUUAAUAAUAUACAAAACUUUAAUGAUUAUAAACACAGAAUGAAAACAUUUAAAAUAAAAAAAAAAGUAAUGGGUUCCUAUACAAAUUUUAAUGCAAAGCAAACGUUCUUAUUGCAUGUUUGAACAAG